UCCGCCGUACCGAAUGAAAUUAUUCCAGCUCCAGCAACUAAACCAAAAAACAACCAUGAUCAAGAUCGUAGCUUCCCUCGCCGUCUUGGCUUGCGUUUCCGCUAUCCCUGUUGAACACGCAUCUUCGUAUGCUAGCGUUCAGCAUCACGGAUCUCCGGUAGCUUACCAUGCGGCUUCGGCCAACCACCACGAUGAUCAACACGAAGAGGUCUACCCUGACCAUCAUCCAAAAUACGAAUUCAAAUACGGCGUCCAAGAUCACCACACCGGUGACCAUAAGACCCAAGAAGAAGUUCGCGAUGGAGACAAAGUCAAGGGUGAAUACACCGUUGCCCAACCCGACGGAACUGUACGCAAGGUGCAAUAUUCUGCUGAUCAUCACAAUGGAUUCAACGCCGAAGUCUCUUACUCUGGACAACCUCAUCCAGAAGUCAAGAAAGUCGUCGUACCAGCUGCUCCAGCGUAUUAUCAUCAUUGAUUACUCAAUCAUAGUUUAUCGUUUUUUAUUAAAAUCAACAUGUUGU